AGGUUCCGAUUUGAGUUCUUUUUGUUACAAAAACAUGGCAAGAUCGCUCAAGAAAUCAGCCAAGUUGAGUCUAAGAAGAGUCCGGAUCAAUUCACCUUCGAUUAGGUUCAAACCGGACUCGAGUUCCAUAGAAAGAGACCAAAGAAUCGAGUUUCUAGGCGAAAAUGGUGAUGAUGCCGGAUCCGGAGGAGAAGAAACCAAAGAAGAAAACAAUGAAAGUGAAGAGGUUGAAGAUAAGGAAGAAGAAAGAGUCAAAGUAAUUGUAGAGGAGGAAGAAGAGAAAGAACAAGAUGAUGGCAAGAGCUUAAACACUGGAGGCGGAGAAGGAAAAAAAGAGGCGGUGGCAGCGGUUGAGGCGGUUGAGGAGGAGGCUGAAGGCGGGAACAGAGUAAUGGUGGUGGUUGAUAAAGCGCUUGCUUCUACCGGAGCUUUAGAAUGGGCUAUUACGCAUACUUUACAACCACAAGACACUCUUUUUCUGUUAUACUUUGCAAAACCGUUUAGAAAAAGCAAAAGGAAGAACCGUAAACGCGAGGUGAAAACCGAUGAAUUGGUCCAUACUUUGAAGAAACUGUGCCAAACAAAGCGUCCCGGGAUAGAAGUGGAGAUAAGGAGGUUAGAAGGGAAAGACAAAGACAAAGGACAAAAGAUAGUUGAAGAAGCAAAGAAACAAGAAGUGAGCCUUUUAGUGGUUGGACAAGAGAAGAAACCUCCGGUGUGGAGGCUUUUGAAGAGAUGGGCAUGGAAGAGACGCCGUGGACACGGAGGUGUUCUCAAAUACUGUCUCGAAAAUGCCUCUUGCAUGACAAUAGCAGUUAAACCCAAGAACCGUAGGCUCGGCGGUUACUUAAUCACCACCAAACGACACAAAAACUUCUGGCUCCUUGCUUGAGAACAACGCAAGUUUUCCUCUUUUGUGUUUGUAUCAUCAAAAAGCUUUUUUACGUUUUCGCCUUUUUCAUAUCCCAUGAAUGAAACAAGCUUUGCUCCAAUACACAAAAAAAGUAAAGAGGCUUUGGUUAUUGAAAUACAAUGUAUCUGCACAAGAAUUAUCAACAAUUUUCCCUAUCUUCUGCUGCUUCAAUUGGUGAAUAAUUCCAAGAUUCUGUU